ACAAUAGUGCGUUUUCACUGUUAUUCGUAUUCUGUCGACCAGUGAUGGCAAUUGCGAACCUUGACAAGUCGCCGUGACUUCUUUUAUGAUGUAUGAUUCGCUGUAUUGACGCAUUUUGUGAGUGAAGUAGCCGUUACCCGAGCAUUCAAAUCAUCAGAUUGACUCUGAGCUUGCUAGCUGCUCUCUUUGUGUUUUUACCCCGAUGUCUUGGACGCUUGCAAGCAACAACAUCCUUGCAAGGGAUAACGCUGCAUUUUAAGCUUCUUUGCUUGAGUAUAUACAGCGAUCCGAGCAAGGAUGACUGGAGCAGAGGAUUAUUUCCCAUAUCCUCAAUAAUUUCAACAUGUAGACUGAAGACACUGUAUGAACAUAUACAUACGCACCACAACAAGCAACACACGGAAACCUACGUACAGCCCAGAUGUGUACAUAACUGCCAGGAGUAACAGAUGUUUGUAUGUCCCUCACAGAUUUCCAGCUGAACGCUCAUUUGUCCACAGUGGCCAGUAUCCACAAGAUCUACCACACCCUGCACAGGCUGAACCUGACAGAAGACGUCGGCCCAGAGUCUCACGGUACAGCCUGCUGCUCCAGAGCCAUGCCCCCCAGGAAAAAGAGGAGACCCACUGCUGGAGAUGACCUGGCUGCUAAGAAAAGCCGGCAGGAUAAUCUUUACAGAAAACAGGAGGCAUUGCAAAUUCAGGAAGCUGAAGCUUUUUCUAGCAAGAGAUGUCUAGAAUGGUUCUAUGAAUAUGCAGGGUGCGAUGACGUUUUUGGACCGGAGGGGAUGGAGAAAUUCUGUGAAGACAUUGGCGUAGAGCCAGAGAAUGUAGUGAUGCUGGUAUUGGCCUGGAAGCUUGAUGCCCAGAGUAUGGGUUACUUCACUUUACAGGAGUGGCUCAAGGGAAUGGGCUCAUUGCAAUGUGAUUCUACUGAAAAACUCAGGAACUCUCUAGACUACCUGAGGUCUGUCCUCAAUGAUGCCACCAGUUUCAAGCUCAUUUACCGAUAUGCCUUCGACUUUGCCAGGGAGAAGGAUCAGAGGAGUUUAGACUUGAAUACUGCCAAGUGCAUGCUGGGACUUCUGCUUGGGAAGAUCUGGCCAUUGUUUCCAGUGUUUAACCAGUUUCUAGAACAAUCUAAGUAUAAGGUUAUAAAUAAAGAUCAAUGGUGCAAUGUUCUAGAAUUCAGUAGGACUAUCAAUCUUGAUCUCAGUAACUAUGAUGAGGACGGGGCCUGGCCAGUGCUGUUGGAUGAGUUUGUGGAGUGGUAUAAAGACAGAGAGAUGUCGUAGCGACAGCUUCCCCAUACUUACCACAGUCACCAACUAGAAACUAAUUGCCAACUAUCACAAUGACAAUGAGGACAGAAACGGCUUUGAAACAAACAUCUAGAAAACAAAGUACAAUUCAAAACUGAAGUGUUUGGGACAGAUGAUCGUGGCCCCUGGCCAUGAGGGCUUGAGUGUGUGUAUGUGUUUGCAUAGAAUGUAAUUAUUAUUGCACAUGUUUGUAUGUCGCCCUUUUAGCCGGGGCCAUAGGAGGGUCACUGGUGGUUGUGUGUUGGAGAAACACCACCUCACCGACUCCACCUAAUGCCCCUCAUAGCCCACAAUGCAUUGUGGGUAAGCACACGGCCAGUGUUGGUGCCGCCUUCCCACCCCACUGUGAUGUUUCAUAUUGCUGUGAAUGUUUCAAUAGGCUCUUAUAAGGAGGAUGAAUUUGGAUUCUCCACAAGGCAGGGUUGGUAAAAUCUCCCAUUCUGUCUGAAGUUUAGGUAAUUAGGGCUUGGAAGGAAAGAAAAAAGGAAGAACCUGCUUGGCUUUUACUGAAGGUCAGUGACUUAUUACUAAGACUUUAUGGGUCAAAAAUCAAAAUAGCUUGCAGUGUCGCUCUGCUGAUGUGGUCCAACACUGUUUACUAUGUUUUUUAUGUUAAAGGAUGAUGACAGUCGGAGCCAUGUUACCAUAGAUGCAUAGCGACCUUUACCAUAAGUUUUAUUUUUACCAGUCUCACUGCACUUGGUUGCCAUUUAAUAAAGUGCACCACAUGCAAGAGCUUUAAGUACUUCCUCUGGUGGUGCAUCAGUAUCCUUAUCACCACUUACAUACUUGAUAUUGGUUAUAAGAUCAUCAAAAAUAUUCUUCACGUUCACAACAUUAUACGUAUCUCGAGCGUAGUGCCCAGUUUCUUUUUCCUGGCUCAAAUUACCAUUGUGCAUUCGUGCUGGCAAUGACAAGAUAUGUCCAUCUUAUAAAAAUGUGUGAGCAGGUUAAAGUGAAUGUGGAAUGCAUUCAUUAUUUGAUUCCUUAGCAAUGCAACUAUGCUGUCCAUGUCAUGGUUAAAAUGCCAGGACAUGGAUCUACGUGAUGGAAAUGAGAGCGGAUGAGAGAAAGCUGUUAAAGUGCACUUUUGAUUUCUGUGAUGAAUUGCCACAAAAAUAUCAAAACAGGUAUCCUGCCCUAAACACUGACACUCCUUUGGCCACAUCCUCUUAUGCAGAUUUUGGGGUCAGAUGUGAUCACCUUAACCCAUAGUGACCAAUGCCUAGCAAUUAUUUAACGUUCUAGUUAUGUUUGUAAAACUGAGUUUUGUCUAUGGCUGUGGCGUGAAGUUAACUUGUCAUCUGAACAAGAAAAAAAAAUGCAUGCAUGCAUUCUGCAAUUAGAGCCGUCUUCGUGAAUGAAUGAAAGGUUUAUUCUUUUUGUACUGUUUUUUUGCUCUUUUUUUUUUUUUUUUUUUUUUUUUGUACAGGUAUUCGUAGAAGUGAACCUUUUUGUGCUUAAUUUGGGUAUCCGCGGUCAUGCAGUCUUAACGCUUUAUGAAAAACAUGAUUGUGUGAUGGUAUUUAGAGCUUAAACACACUUGUAACCUCAUCUGUUGAGAUGUUCUUCUCUGCAUUGCCUUCUCCACCAUCUCCACCAAGUGCUAAACUACCCUGUACAUGAGUGACUGCAGCAUUUCAGUAUAUCUGCAAUUUCAAGCAGACUUACUUAUUUUUGUUAUGUUCAUCUUAUAAGGUAUUACAAUACAGAGACAAAAAUUAUUAUUAACUUUAUUAAAGCUUCUUUUGGGUAACCUUUUUUUUUUUCAAGACAUUUUUGAUCGUUUUAGAAUGAAAGUUGCUUACCAUAAAUUAUUUAUCAAGUUAUUCACAGCAUUUAAGACACCAACAGUCUAUGUAUGCUGUGCAUGCUGGCUAGCAUCCGUUUAAAGAAAAGUCUACAGACACUUGUCAUAAUCCCAUUAAUCUGCACCCAUUUGUGCCUGAGGUUUAAAUAAUGGUUUAAAAUUAAUUAUUUCAAAAGAUAGACAGGUUCCCUAUGUUAUGACUGUUGCUUUUGUUGGAGGAGUAUGUAAUGCAGAGGUCUGAGCACUCAUCUGACUGUAUAUAUGUAUGGAUGUGUGUGUCUGUGUUUGUUUUCACUGUAACCUCUCUACAUUCAAUAAAAGGGGGUUUAUUAACUAAA